UUCAGACACCGCUUUAAUUGUACGCAAGCAGAUGCAUUGUGUUUAUUAAUCAGUGGUAUCGCGGUAGGUUCGAGCGUGGCGAUCAUUUACCCGCUGCAAAUACAUGAUUAUUUGAAUAAGACCCUCAUAAUCUUGAUUAAUUCGGAGCCUAAGUGCCGCUGAUUAAAGUGAAAGUUUUCCUUAGUAAUGGUGAGGACAUGGAGGAGAAAGCUCGUGACCAACCCGAUGCGGACCGGCCGCAUCCAUUUGAACAGGCCGGGUUCUUUUCCAAGGUGUUCUAUAUAUAUAUGUGGUCAAUUUUUCGCAAAGGACUCAACCAAGACUUCCUCAGCGAAAGCGACAUUUUGCCACCUCUCAGAGCGCACAGUGCCCAAACCGCCGGCGACCAAUUGCAGAAGUCGUGGGACUUUGAGGUGCAAACUCAUCCGCAGCCCUCCCUGUGGAGGGCCAUUUGGAGAGUUUUCUGGAGCGACUUUGUUUACACCGCCCUGCUGUGGAUUCUCCUGGAAACUUUCAUCAAAAGCUCGCAACCUAUAUGCAUGGCCAAGUUCCUCGACUUCUACCGGCCAGAGUCCUUAAUGGAUCAGCAACAAGUCUACUACUACGCCGGGUUGAUUGUGCUGAUCCUCUUCCUCCAAGUGGUCGUAGGCCAUUACUAUCUGCUAACGAUUCUUCAGCUGGGGCUCCGAAUCCGUAUAGCGGUUUCUUCGUUGGUUUACCGGAAAGCUCUCAGGCUGAACCGAGCCGCAUUAGCCAAGACCACCAUUGGCCAAAUGGUCAAUCUGCUCUCCAAUGACGCCAGUAGGUUCGAUGGAGCCACAGUACAGUUUCACUGCCUUUGGUACUGCCCCAUCCAAGCAGUCAUUGUGAUGACGUUGUGUUACUUCCAUCUGGGAGCCACUGCCAUGGCUGGGGUCGUUCUUUUGGUGCUGUUCAUUCCUUUUCAAAUGUGGAUGGCCAAGAAAGUGUCCUUAUUCAGGCACCAAACAGCCUUGCGAACUGAUGAAAGGAUUCGCCUAAUGAACGAAAUAAUCUCAGGGAUUCAGGUGAUUAAAAUGUACACCUGGGAGAAACCCUUUGCCAAGCUGGUGGAGCUGAGCAGAAGAAAAGAGCUUCGACAAAUCCAGAACAUUUCCUUCAUCCGGGCCACCAUUGGAUCUCUAAAUCAGUUUCUGAGUAGAUGCGCCAUUUACUUGUGUUUGGUGAGCCUUGCGUUGACUGGAAACGUGCCCACUGCCCAAUACGUCUACACUCUAACAGCGUACUACACCUUGCUGCAGUAUGCGAUCACCAUUCAGUUUCCACAAGGUCUGACCCAGUUUGCUGAAGUCAGCAUUUCCAUGCGCCGCUUCCACCAGUUCCUCAUGUAUGAGGAAGUGAGUCCUUGCAAGCAAAGCCCCGAUCCAGAUUUGUCUGGCACGGCAAUUUCCAUUGAAGGAGCUUCAGCCAAAUGGCUAAAAACUCAACCCGAAAGUUGUCUGAAGAACAUCAACUUCACUGCGAGCUCAGGUGAACUGGCUGCCAUAGUAGGCAAGGUGGGCAGUGGGAAAAGCAGCCUUCUCCAACUGAUUUUGAGGGAGCUGGACUUGGAGCAAGGCCAGUUAAGCACCAGUGGGAGAAUUUCUUAUGCAGCUCAGGAGCCUUGGCUGUUUAUGGGGAGCCUUCGGCAAAACAUACUCUUUGGGGAAGAGUUCGACGCGGAUAAAUACCAGAAAGUAGUGCGGGCUUGCGCUUUGGAACGGGACUUUAGUCUAUUUCCCUUCGGGGACAAAACCCUGGUAGGAGAAAGAGGCGUGACUCUAAGUGGGGGCCAAAAGGCCCGAAUCAGCCUAGCGCGGGCUGUCUACAAAGACGCGGACAUUUACCUACUGGACGAUCCUCUGUCUGCAGUAGACGCCAAGGUGGGAAGGCACAUUUUCGACCAAUGCAUCAGCGGCUAUCUGCAGGGCAAAACUGUGGUCUUAGUGACGCAUCAGCUGCAAUUCCUGCACAAAGUGCCCCACAUCUAUCUGAUGGAGAAUGGAAGCAUUGAGGCCAAGGGGGCGUAUGGGCAAGGACUCCAAGAACACCGUAUUGGCGCUGAUGUGGAACAGAUCGGUCCCAAGGAGACAAAGGCUGGGGAGGAGCCCCCAAAGAUAGAGGAGGAGAAAAGAACGCAAGGCAACAUCUCAUGGAAGGUCUACCGAAGUUAUAUUUUUGCUGGAGGACAUUGGUGCAAGAUAAUGGCGCUCAUUUUGGGAUUCGUGCUUUCCCAGAUGACCACCAGCUUCUCAGACUACUUCCAGUCGAUUUGGGUCAAUCUAGCACAGCACUCAUCAUCACAACCGCUUCUAACCGAACGCACCUGCCUCUACAUCUACACCAUUCUGAUUGCGCUAACGGUCAGCAUAACCCUAGGCAGAACCUUCGCCUUCUACCGCUUCACCAUAAAGGCCUCGCUAAGGCUGCACAACAACAUGUUCGGCAAAAUCAUCCAGGCCACCAUGAAGUUCUUCCAUUCUAACCCAUGUGGGCGCAUUCUGAACCGGUUUUCCAGCGAUAUGGGUGCCAUAGAUGAGCAGCUGCCGCUGAUUUUUCUAGAAACCAUACAGAUUGCGUUUUUGGUGACUGGAAGUCUUGUGGUGAUAGGAAGUUUGAAUCCUUGGAUGUUCCUGCCCACGGCAAUAAUGUUUGGGAUAUUCUAUGUGCUGCGGAUGGUGUAUUUGAGGACCAGCCGGGAUGUGAAGCGUUUGGAAGCCACCACUCGAAGCCCCAUCUACUCGCACUUGAAUGCCUCCUUGCAAGGCUUGACCACCAUCAGGGCCUUUGGUGUUCAGGCGGCUUUCCAGAAGGAGUUCGAUGGCUUCCAGGACAUUAAUGUGUCGGCCUGGUUUACCUUUGUAGGCUGCGCUCGCAGCUUUGGCUUGUGGCUGGACUUGCACUGUGUGGUGUUUGUUGCUUUGGUCAUCAUCAGCUUCCUCUUCCUGCAAACAGAAAAACUUGCUGGCAACGUGGGGCUGGCCAUCACUCAGGCCCUGACCCUUACUGGGAUGUUCCAAUGGGGAAUGCGACAAUGGAGCGAGCUGGAGAAUCGCAUGACCAGCGUGGAGAGAGUCCAGGAGUAUGCAGAUGUUCCACCAGAACCCGAUGUGUCCACUGUAGAGCCCCCAAAGGCCUGGCCGGAGCAUGGGGUGAUUCGCUUUGAGGGCCUGUGUUUGAAGUAUGACGCUGAUCAAGUGCUGCAAAACUUGACUUUCCGCAUUGGGAGCAAGGAGAAGGUUGGGGUGGUUGGCAGGACUGGGGCGGGCAAGUCUUCGAUAAUCGCCGCCCUUUUUAGGCUGGCAUCAACAGAAGGCCACCUCUGGAUAGAUGGAAUUGACACCAAAACCAUCCCUUUGCACCGGUUAAGGUCAAGCAUCUCGAUAAUCCCGCAGGAACCUGUGCUGUUUUCUGGAACCAUCCGCAAGAAUCUCGAUCCCUUCGACAGCUACAGCGACGAGAUCCUAUGGACUGCUUUAGAGGAGGUGGAGCUCAAAGGGACGGUCUCGGAGUGGCCUUGCGGCCUGGAAACGUGCAUGUCCGAAGGCGGAGCCAACCUCAGCGUCGGUCAGCGACAGCUGGUGUGCCUGGCCAGAGCGGUGUUGCGCAACAACAAGAUUCUCGUCCUGGACGAAGCCACAGCUAAUGUGGACUCGCAUACUGACUCCCUAAUCCAGGCCACGAUUCGCAGAAAGUUUUCCGGCUGCACGGUGCUAACAGUGGCGCAUCGUCUGCACAGUGUGGUGGACUCCGAUAAGGUUCUGGUGAUGGACGCUGGGCAAGGGGUGGAGUUCGCGCAUCCACACGAGCUGCUGCAGAAAAAGGGGGUGUUUUACCAAUUGGCCCAGCAGAGUGGCAAUGUGGACGCUUUGAUGGAAGCUGCUGCGCAGAGCUAUGAAGGUCCUAAGGAGGAUAUUUCAAGCGAUGGCAGUCUGAUGAAGAAUGCUUCGACUGUCGACUGAGUGCUGGCAUGUUCUUAAUAUAUUCUCCAUUGGUACUCAUUAA